AAGAACCCACGAAAAAGAAUUGCAAUCACAAGCUAUCACACUGGCUUUACCUUCUCCCUCUAGAAGGAAGCUUUUUCCUCUUUUGUUCGCCGGAGCCCGCCGCAUUCUCCGGCCGCAAUCCGCCAUGGGUUCGACCGUCUCCGAUGCGUUUCAGUUCUACUUCAUAUGCGUUUCUCUCCUUCUUUUCUUUGGAAUUUCCUCUGCGUCGCCGGAAUAUUCGAAGCCUCGCCUGUCGUCUCCUUCCGCGAAUUCCUCUGGCCAGAUUAACUCCAACUCGGUUCUCGUGGCUUUACUGGACUCGCAUUAUACUGAGCUUGCGGAGCUGAUUGAGAAGGCUUUGCUGUUGCAGAAUCUAGAAGAUGCUGUUGGAAAUCAUAAUUUGACUAUUUUUGCGCCGCGAAAUGAAGCUUUGGAGCGCGAUCUUGACCCUGAGUUCAAGCGGUUUCUUCUCGAGCCGCGGAAUUUGAAGUCGCUUCAGACGCUGUUGAAGUUUCAUGUCAUUCCGUCUCGGAUUGGAUCGGGCGAGUGGCCGAGGAAUGCGGAGUCGAUUCGUCACCAGACGCUUUCCAAUCAUGUCCUCCGAUUGACUCACCACCGCACGGGAGAACGAACCGUCGAUCUCGCUAAGGUUAUUCAAGCCGACGCCAUUACUCGGCCCGACGGCGUCAUCCACGGGAUCGAGAGGCUGCUCAUUCCUCGGUCCGUACAGGAUGAUUUCAACCGCCGACGGAAUCUUCAGGCAAUAACCGCCGUGAAACCGGAAGGAGCACCAGAAGUCGAUCCGAGGACUCACCGUUUGAAGAAGCCGGCUCCACCAGCCGAACCGGGCUCUCCCCCGGCCCUACCGAUAUACGACGCAUUGGCUCCAGGUCCGUCGCUGGCUCCGGCUCCCGCGCCGGGACCAGGCGGUCCUCACCACCACUUCAACGGGGAGCGGCAAGUGAAAGAUUUCAUUCACACUCUUCUACACUACGGCGGUUACAACGAAAUGGCGGACAUAUUAGUGAAUCUAACGUCCUUAGCCACGGAAAUGGGGCGGUUAGUUUCAGAGGGCUAUGUGUUGACCGUUUUGGCGCCGAACGACGAGGCGAUGGCGAAACUGACGACGGACCAACUGAGCGAGCCUGGGGCACCGGAACAAAUCAUGUACUACCAUUUGAUUCCAGAGUAUCAGACGGAGGAGAGUAUGUACAAUGCGGUUCGCCGAUUUGGAAAAGUCCGAUACGACACUUUAAGACUGCCGCAUAAAGUGGUUGCGCAAGAGGCCGACGGUUCAGUCAAGUUUGGACAGGGAGAUGGCUCGGCAUACUUGUUCGACCCUGACAUUUACACCGACGGCCGUAUCUCAGUGCAGGGGAUUGACGGAGUUCUGUUCCCGCUGGAGGAAACGGAAGCGAAACUGUCGGCAAAAACAGUUCAACACGUGAAGGUAGUGGCCAAGCCAAGGAGAGGGAAGUUGCUUGAAGUGGCAUGUCGGAUGCUAGGCUAUGUGCCAGCAAGGACACUGAACCUCUAA